CUCUCUCCUCUAGCAGACACUCUCCCCCACUUCUCCUCGUCUGGCCCUCCCCACUUCUCUUCCUCUGUCCCCGGGGUGAGGCCGGGGAACGGGAUGGGGAGGGUGUGUUUUAAGAAGAGGCCACAGCAGGCCAGAGACCCGGCUGUUGAGUAAGCCACCCGCUCCGGGGGCCGCGCUGGCGGUGGGUGUUGGAGCCCCGCACUGGCGGCCGGCCCAAGGAGCUCAGCUUCGCCCGCAUCAAAGCCGUGGAGUGCGUGGAGAGCACCGGGCGCCACAUCUACUUCACGCUAGUGACCGAGGGCGGGGGUGAGAUCGACUUCCGCUGCCCCCUCGAAGACCCCGGCUGGAACGCUCAGAUCACCCUGGGCCUGGUCAAGUUCAAGAAUCAACAGGCCAUCCAGACUGUGCGGGCCCGACAGAGCCUUGGGACUGGGACCCUCGUGUCCUAAACCACGAGGCAUACCAUUUUAUCGACAUGCCCCCACCGCUACCACCUCCGUGCCCAGAGGACACGUCAGCCUCUCUGUCCACCCUGGUUGGUUGGGGCCUGACUACACAUGAUGCAGCAGAAACUAUCAGCAUUCGGAAGAAGCAUAUCAUGGAAGGAGCCUAGCGUCCCAGGGCGGAGAGCAGAAGCCACAUGAGGGGCUGAGGAUGAAGAUUCAGCUCCUGGAUGCUGAGACUGUUAAACCUCCGAGCCACAGGCCUGGCCUCAUGUACCAUGAUGGAGCACCCGGGCUUACCUGGCAUCAAGGCCCCUCUCACUGCUCCUGCCCUUGGUUCUGGGUUCUGCAGACUACUGUUUGGCCCCUGGCCUUGAGACUUGCCCAAAGGAGAGCAGUUCCUCAUGGUGUGCUAAGCCAAGGUCUCAGAACUCAGGAGGACAGCCUGAGAUCCAGAAGAUGGCCACCCUGCCUUAGGACAGCUGCUGGACUUAGCUUGCAGAUGGGAUCUGCUGGGCAUGAGGCCUGUGCCUGGGGGUCUCUUGCUGCUUAGGUCCUUUUGGGACCUCCCCCCACCCAUCCAUACCCUCUCUUUGCACACUUCUUCCUUUACCUCUAUUGCCCUCUCCUCACUUUGGUGCUGGGCCUGGAGGUGGUGGGGAUGGGGUAAGGGUUUGGCCAUUACCAUUUCAUGCCUAUUCCAGAAUGAAGAUGCCCAGUACGUGGGUAGUAACUACA